ACGGAGCGCCGGGUUACGCGCCGACGUCUGGCUGCCACGACUCGCCGUGGCGGCGGCGAGCGGCGGCGAGCGGAUCCCGCUGCGGGGGGAAGAAGGAGGGAGAGCUGACGGGGCUGUGUGAGUGAGCCGGAGGAGAGCGGGUUGCCAGCCCGGCCCGGCCCGCGGGAGCGAAAGCCGGAGCGAACGAGGCCCCGGGCCCGCCGCGCGGCCGCCGCCUCCGCCUCCGUCUCCGCCUCCCCUCCCUCCCCUCGCGGCCCGCCCUCCUCGCGGCUCAGCCCGCCGAGCCCGAGUGAGGCGCCGUUCGGCUCGCGCGCCGUCCGGAACAGGUGUGCGCGCGCCUCCCUCUUCCCUCCCUCCUCCCUCCUCCUCGCGCCCGCCUCGCGCGCGCCGGCCUCCCUCAAGCCUGCGCCCUCCCUCACCUGCGGCAGGACAGCGCCCGCCAGCCCGCCCGCCCCGAUCUCGCGAGAGUGGCUGACUGGCUGUGGGGGUUGCGGCGGCAGCAGGCGGAGCCGGGGAGGGAAAGCAGCGGCGGCUGAGGCGACUGAGGCGGCGGGCGGAGCGGCAGGCGGCGGCGGCGGAGCGCAGCAUCAUGGCGGACCGAGACAGCGGCAGCGAGCAGGGUGGUGCGGCGCUGGGCUCGGGCGGCUCCCUUGGGCACCCGGGCUCGGGCUCAGGCUCCGGCGGGGGCGGUGGUGGCGGCGGGGGCGGCGGCGGCAGUGGCGGCGGCGGCGGGGCCCCGGGGGGGCUGCAGCACGAGACGCAGGAGCUGGCCUCCAAGCGGGUGGACAUCCAGAACAAGCGUUUCUACCUGGACGUGAAGCAGAACGCCAAGGGCCGCUUCCUGAAGAUCGCUGAGGUGGGCGCUGGCGGCAACAAGAGCCGCCUCACCCUCUCCAUGUCCGUGGCCGUGGAGUUCCGCGACUACCUGGGCGACUUCAUCGAGCACUACGCGCAGCUGGGCCCCAGCCAGCCGCCCGACCUGGCCCAGGCACAGGACGAGCCACGCCGGGCGCUCAAGAGCGAGUUCCUGGUGCGCGAGAACCGCAAGUACUACAUGGAUCUCAAGGAGAACCAGCGCGGCCGCUUCCUGCGCAUCCGCCAGACAGUCAACCGGGGGCCCGGCCUGGGCUCCACGCAGGGCCAGACCAUUGCGCUGCCCGCACAGGGGCUCAUCGAGUUCCGUGACGCUCUGGCCAAGCUCAUCGACGACUAUGGAGUGGAGGAGGAGCCGGCCGAGCUGCCCGAGGGCACCUCCUUGACUGUGGACAACAAGCGCUUCUUCUUCGAUGUGGGUUCCAACAAGUACGGCGUGUUUAUGCGAGUCAGUGAGGUGAAGCCCACCUACCGUAACUCCAUCACCGUGCCCUACAAGGUGUGGGCCAAGUUCGGACACACCUUCUGCAAGUACUCCGAGGAGAUGAAGAAGAUUCAAGAGAAGCAGAGGGAGAAGCGGGCCGCCUGUGAGCAGCUCCACCAGCAGCAACAGCAGCAGCAAGAGGAGACCACCGCUGCCACCCUGCUACUGCAGGGGGAGGAAGAAGGGGAAGAAGAUUGAUCAAACUGAAUGAAACACACACACACAUACACACACGCAUACACACACGUGUACACACACACACACACAGUCACACACAGAGAAAAUAUACUGUAAAGAGAGAAAAUAAAAAGUUAAAAAAAAAAAAACUCCAAGGGAGCACCACCCACAGACCCUCCACCAACUGACAGUUUCUCUUCUUGACUUGCCACCCAUCGCUGGAUGUUGUCCACUUUAUCCACCAUAUAAAACAGUAAGCAGCUGCUAAAAACAAAAAACAAAAAAAUAUACAAAAAGUAAUAACAUUAUAUGAACUGUGUUUCCUACUUGAUUAAAAAAUAUAAAGAACUGAGUGUUUAUUUCCCUAAUUAACCAAGAACUUUUGUACACGUUUAAGCUAUUAUUAUUAAAAGUGUUUGCAAAAUGGUCAAGAUUAUAAUAUUGCUGAAUUAUAUAAAAAGUCCUUUUCAUGUUGAGCUAACAUUUGACUUUAGCACAAAAAAAAGAGAUAUUUUAGAACACGUAAAAUAAUAUUUUUAGUUUUUCUCAUUUUGUUACCAAAUUUCAAACCUUACAUGGAGGUUAUUAUAGUAUAUUUGACAUCCUAUAUACCUGUGAUUAGAGAUGUGUAUAUAUAUGAGGGCUAGGCAUGCUGUGUGUCUGAGCUUUGUCUAAAUGUUAUGCAGAAGUUUGUAGAGUUCAAGGUACGUAGGUUUAAUUCAUGCAAGGUAAACAAUAAGUGCUCUCUUUUAUACAAUAUGCAUUGCAUCUGGACCUUAAACAUAUAAAAUGGUCAGUGAAACUUCUGUGAACAUGAAGAAAUUAUUAAAAAAGGCAUUUAAAUGAAAUUUGCUAAGUUGUGAUUUUUAUGGUUGGAACCAAAGUUAUUCAAAUAGUAAAAGAAAAAAAGAGAAAGAAAAAGGAAAUUUCCCAUAUUUUUCUGCAUCUGUUUGCUUUGACUGAGUAGGUGUUUUGUUAUUAUUGUGUAUAUGAGAUGUACUUGUAUUGUUCAUAAUAUAUAUUUUUUAUUAUGUGUAGAAAGAUUUUAAAAACCUAACUAACGUGCAGCAAUUUCCAGUGAACCUGUACUUGGAUAUCAGGUAGUGAGUCUAUUUGUGGUCACUAGCACUGUCUCCUAAACUUGUAAGAGGUCUGAAGCUAUCCUUUGAUUUUUGCCAGUGCUACUAACUUAUGUAGACCUGUUUGAAAGCAAAGCAACACCAUUAUAGUUAUCCUACUGAGCCAUGGAUUCUGAGUGUCACUUCAAAAGUGAAAGCCAGGUUGGGGUGUGUAAAGGGUCUCCAUGUAGCUGUGGUGCUAGUUAUUACUGGCUACAUUAUACGCUAAGUGUAUUUGUGUUCUCAAGUGUACAAGCCGUCUGUUUAAAGUAUGUUCUAUUAUCACUCAUAUUCAAAGUGUAGGUUAUGAAAACGCAAGCUUAGGAGAGCACUUUACCAAGCUGGUGUCCUCCACUGAAAUUGUUUGUAACGAUAGUCUUUUACAGGUUUUCAUUUAAAGAUGUUUGUGUGCUUUUAAUUGACAACUAACUUCUUGCUGCUGUAUAGUAAAAUAUUAAUAUAUUUUUUAUCAUUAAACUGCUGCAUGACUAUCAUCUUUGAGUGAAGAGAAAAUGUUAUAAAAAAGAUGCCUUAAAUACAGUACAUUUUGGUUUGGAAUUCUGUAGAAAGUAUUUUGGUAAAAAAAGAAAAAAGAAAAAAAGAGGAUCUUGGAUCUUGUCUGACAGAGAGAGUUCUAGAAAUGCAAUUGUUUCUUGGCAAAUCCAGCCAUCUAGAUCUACCUGCUGUAUGUAGAAGAAACCACCUGUAGGACUGACUGGGAAGGUGUCAGCACCUCUCCCUUUGGAAAGCAUCGGCCUAGGAAGGCAGAACAGUUGUCUUUUUUGAAGGAUUUUUUUUUUUCCUGCUGGCUCUUUAGGUUUUGAUUUAAUAUUUUUAAGCUUUCUGGUUGAGUGUGUUGUCUUUGUUUUUGAGAUCUACUGUAUGUGUUGAAUAGCAAGCUAUUUUCAUUGUACUGUGCAUUUUCCCAUUGUUUGCUUUUCAUAUUCAUACAAUGUUAAAUAUGAGGUGACCGUAAAAUAGUUAGGAGUUUCUUUACUUACAAAAUCACUGGAAAUUAUUAAAUUGCUUUCCCCUCCCCCCAAGGUGCAUUUUUUAUUAUUUUCAUAUAGUAAAGUUGAGCUUUUACAGUGCAUAAUGUGACAUUUGGAAUGCUUAUCAACUGCAUGUAAACAUUAAUAACCUGCACUUUUUGUCUUAAGGUUUGUUGAGCUGUUUUGUUCACUGUACUUUAACUGUGAUAUGGAAAAGAUUGCAUUCUCUGUGCUGUUUCUAAUUAGGAAGAGAAUUGCUUUGAUUUUGUCUCUUGUUUACUAUAGCUUCUUAAAGUUAAGCCUUGUGCUACGAGUUGUUGGAGUACUCCUAGAUCAGUGUUUUGUAGUAGCCAGCAGUCAGUAGUGCAAGUCAACAAAAACACAGCAAACUUAGGCAAAGUGUCCUUUCUUUGAGAUGCAAGUUCUUUCAUAAGGUUUUCUUUAGAGUCAGCUACCUAAAGUAAAACCUUUCUUACCUAUAGACUUCAGAUUCUGCUUGGAAUCCUACCGGAUCAAGAAGCACAUGUAUUGUGCAGUUGUCUUUACACUAUUAACAGUUAAACACAAUCUUACUAGGACUUUGAAUCCAUUGUCUGAUUUAUGGUCAGUGGGUUUAAAAAGAAAUCCACAUGCAGAUCUUUUAAGACUUAAAAAGUGGUCAUAGAGAAGACUGAGUGACUGUAAAGAUGCUCUUUUUGUUUAAAGCAUCUCACUUUCUCUCCCAUUGACCUCCUAACCUCCCCUUCCCCUUCUCCUGUUUCAUCCUUCCCCUUCAUUUCCCCUCCCAGGUGCUCGGUACUUUACCAAGGUUCUAUAUUUCAUUGUAUUAUGUUAGAGUCUCUUCUUGUUUUUAUUUUACUAGUGGGUAGCCCCAGUUUGUGCUGAAAAAAAAAGGGGGGGUAUAUUUGACCAUAUGUGUUACUCAUUGAAGACAGUAUGAUCAAAUGUGCCAAAACAAGCAGACAGAACUUAAUUCAUGACAAGUAUGCCUUAUUUUUAUUGAUCUGCUUUGUCUUACAAUUAAGGUCCAAGAGCUUGGUUAAACUAUGUUAUUU